AUGUACCUUUUGCUGGCUACGCUAAUCAAGCGAAACGAUCGAUUGCAAAGAAGGCAACAACGCAAAAAUCUCAGAUACAACUCACUCAUGAUUGAUUAUUUAACUCGUCGUCGUUUUAUUAUUUGUGCUGCCGCUACUUUAUUCUUGACAGUAAGCAUCGUCUUCAUAGCGCGUUUACAUUCGAUGUUUAUCAUGACUAAAAUGUCAUCGAUGCACUCAUCAACAUCGGCAAACAUGUCUACAACUGAUGAUCAACACAAAUAUCCAUGUUAUCUUACAGAGACAGUUGAUGUUGUCGAAUCCUGUACGAAAUGUUCAGCAUUUAACAUACGUUCGAAAGCUAUGGGUUGUUCACCGACAGGCUUUCGCGAAUCAGUUUUCUGUCCACAGUCGAACAUUAAAGUCUAUCGCGCAUGUCCAGUACCAAUCUAUAUUCAAAAGGAACACUUCUGUGUUUAUUGGAGGCAGAAGACUUUAGAUAAACAAAUGAUUGAGAGAAUCAAACGACAGAUUGAUAUUAGCGACGAAAAAGUUUUACGUGAUAUCUAUCGUUGCACUGAACAAGAUUUCUUUCUUUUAUUAUUAUUAAACUGUGAUAAAGAUUGUCCCGGUACAGUUUCUUUCAACACUUUUCUUUACCAAUCACAAGUGGUUUGUGAUUUUUGUACAAUGUACAUUUCAUUCAUCGCAUUUCUAGCCUUUUCAAUAUCGCUCUGCAUUGCAGUACCUAUCAAAUCAUCAAAUGGUUGUGGUUAUGCUGCAUGCAAUGUCGGUGAUCCGAAGAAACUCAAUGUUCACAUAGUUGCACAUACGCACGACGAUGUCGGAUGGUUAAAAACCGUUGAUCAGUACUAUUAUGGAGCUCGAAAUAAUAUUCAACAUGCUGGAGUUCAGUACGUUCUCGAUUCGGUGGUGCGUGCAUUAGAAGAUAAUCCUGAUCGACGUUUUAUCUACGUUGAAAUGGCCUUUUUCUGGCGCUGGUGGAAUCAGCAAACGGAUGAAAUACAUGAUAAAGUGAAGAAAUUCGUUAGUGAAGGUCGUUUGGAAUUCAUCUCUGGUGGCUGGUGUAUGAAUGAUGAAGCGUCGACGCAUUACAAUUCCAUUAUUGAUCAACAUGCGUUGGGAGCGGAAUUUUUACGUGAUCAAUUCGGUGAAUGUGGACGACCAAAGAUCGGUUGGCAGAUCGAUCCUUUCGGACACUCCAGGGAGCAAGCAUCUCUUUUUGCACAGAUGGGUUUUGACGGUCUAUUUUUUGGUCGUUCGGAUUACGAAGAUUACACUCAACGUAAUAAAACAAAGACAAUGGAAAUGCUCUGGAAAGCUAGUGCGAAUCUAGACCGUCAAGCUUGGCUAUUAACCGGUCUUUUACCAAAUCUGUAUGUUCCUCCCAGUUCCUUUUGUUUCGAUAUACUUUGUGGUGAUGAACCAAUCAUGGAUGAUCCUCGUUUACAUGAUUAUAACGUUCCAGAGCGCGUUAAAGCAUUUAUUGAUACUGCACAUAACGAAGCAUACGGUUUUGCAACAAAUCAUAUCAUUAUGACUAUGGGUAGUGAUUUUCAAUACGAAAAUGCUAAUGAAUGGUUUAAAAAUAUGGAUAAACUUAUCAAAUAUGUCAAUGCACAGCAAGCCAAUGGUAGCGACGUGAAUGUGUUCUAUUCGACCCCAUCAUGUUAUCUGUAUGCUUUGAAUAAAGCUGAUCGUCUUUGGACAUCGAAAACGGAUGACUUCUUCCCGUAUUCACAUCAUCCACAUGGCUUUUGGACUGGUUAUUUUACAUCACGAGCAGCAUUGAAAGGUUACGAACGUCGCACAAACAAUAUUUUACAAGCAACUAGACAGUUGAAUGCAUUUGCCAAUACUAAUAUACGCAAUAGAACUUUUCCGUUGAGCGAAGCAAUGGGUAUUGUUCAACACCACGAUGGAAUAAGUGGAACGGAAAAACAACAUGUUGCCGAAGAUUAUGCCCAGCGUCUAGCGGAGGGUGUUGAUGCAGCAGUGGAUGUGAUCAAUGCUGCUUAUAUAAAAUUGUUAUCAAAGGAUGCGACAAUACCACCAAAAGCGCCUCAGUUUCUUUGUCAGUUAACAAACAUUAGCGAAUGUUUACCGAUCGAAGGACAAGAUCAAUUCACAUUAACACUUUGGAAUCCAACUGUACACACGAUUACUCGUCAUGUUCGAGUGCCUGUGACGAAAAAAUAUUCCAUCCGUGACGCAACCGAACACGCAGUUUUAGCUGACUUCAUUCCAAUCUCUGAACCAACAAAGAAAAUUCCCGGCCGAAAGAGUUUUGCUACCAAUCAACUUGUCUUUAAAGUUCUCUUACCAGCUCUUGGUUUCAAUACGUAUUAUUUUGAAGUCAAAACCAGUGAAACUGAUGAACAGACCGACGUUUCGAUUAGUAAGAAUGAUCAAUGUGUCCUAGAAAAUGAAUAUCUUCGAGUUGAAUUGGAUGAUAACGGCAAUCUACUGAAAAUCACAAACUUGAAAAAGAAUAUUGUUGUUCCAUUUACGAGUCAAGGAAUCUAUUGGUAUUCAAGUGCACCGGGUAAUAACUCUCAAUCAGAAUUUCAAGCAUCUGGUGCGUACAUAUUUCGACCGAUUUCAUCAAAUCCACAGCAAGUCAGUUGCACUCGUUCGAUAACAUGUAUCAAAGGCGAAACUAUUCAAACAGCUGUGAUUGUCUUCAAUGAUUGGGCCAGUCAAGAAAUUACUCUUUAUGACGAUUCAAAAGCAGUCGAAGUUCAAUGGACAGUUGGGCCGAUACCAAUCGCAGACGACGUUGGCAAAGAAAUUAUUCUUCGUUACGAUACAGACAUUCAAAGUGGAGCGAAAUUUUAUACAGAUGCUAACGGACGUGAAGUUCUCGAACGUGUACGAGAUUAUCGUCCCACGUGGAAUUACACAAAAGUCGAAGCAGUCAGCGGAAACUAUUAUCCAGUCAAUAGUCGUAUUUGGAUUAAAGAAUCUAAUCGUCAAUUAACCAUACUCACUGAUCGAUCUGAAGGUGGUGGCAGUAUCCGUGACGGUUCACUCGAACUGAUGGUACACAGACGUACGCUUUUUGAUGAUGCACUCGGUGUCGGCGAACCCUUAAAUGAAACUGCUUUUGGACAAGGUCUUGUUGUCCGUGGUAAACAUUUUCUCAUCGUCGAAAAGCCUGAAUCAAGUGCUCUCUAUCAUCGAUUUCAAUCUCAAAACUUAUACAUGCGUCCACUAGCAACCUAUGCUUUACCGCAUUUAUCCUAUGCUGAUUACUCUGCUACGUAUCGUCAAACAUGGUCUGCUCUAACAAAGGACCUUCCAUUAAAUAUUCAUUUGUUGACGUUCGAUCAACUCGAUACCAAACAAUAUUUAAUUCGUGUUGAACACUAUUUUGAAGUGAACGAAGAUGAUACGUAUUCAAAUGCAGUUACAUUUGAUUUACAACAACUAUUUCAAACACUGGGCACUAUUACUGAUAUUGUUGAAUUAACUUUAGCAGGUAAUUUAGCACUAGCUGAUAUGGAACGAUUAGAAUGGAUAACUAAAGAAGGUGAAUCAUCGAAGAUGAAAAAGUCCAAAAAAAUCUCCGUCAAAGAUGUGAAUAUUGUUUUAAAACCCAUGCAAAUUCGAACAUUCCGUGUAACAUUGGCAUAG